CGCGCGUCAUUUCCGGCUGAGUUUGAAUCCGCGGCAUGGACGCGCAGGGAGUGCUGGGAUUUGAACCGAUGGCUCUGGGCUCCCCCACCUCCCCGAAGCCCGGCCCUGGGGCUCAGUUCUUGCCCGGGUUUCUGAUGGGGGACCUGCCAGCUCCCACCACCCCCCUGCCCAGAACGAUCAGCCUGAGUGGAGGAGGUGCAGAGAUGAGGUCUCCUCUCCUAGCAGGUGGUUCUCCUCCUCAGCCUGUGGUUCCCACGCCCAAAGACAAGAGCGGUGCUCCUCCAGUCAGAAGCAUCUAUGAUGACCUGACCAGUCCGGGCAUCGCCAUGUCCCCCCUGGCAUCAUGCAAACAGCCUUACUCUGUGCUGCACACUCCACUAGCAGGUGUGAUGGGAACCCCUGGUACAGGUGCAAGUAUGUUCAGUCCUGCGGGUUUGAGUCAGCAGAGGAAGAGCACCCUCUCACCUGCACAGGUGGAUCCUUUCUUCACUCAGGGAGACGCGCUGUCCUCAGAAGAUCAGCUCGACGAGACCUGGGUCACAGUGUUCGGGUUCCCUCCAGCUUCAGCCUCCUACAUCCUGCUGCAGUUUGCUCAGUAUGGGAACAUACUUAAACAUGUAAUGUCUAAUGCCGGUAAUUGGAUGCAUAUCCAGUACCAGUCUAAACUGCAGGCGAGGAAAGCCCUCAGUAAAGAUGGGAAAAUCUUUGGAGAGGCCAUUAUGAUUGGUGUCAAACCUUGCAUUGAUAAGAGUGUGAUGGAGGGAUCGGAGAAGUGUAUCAGCAGCAGCAGCGGGAUGUUCACUCCCCCAGUCAGAGCCAACGGCACCCCCAGUCACCCUGUGUCCACGCCGCGGUCGGCCAUGAGACCACUCAGCGCUGCCUACAAAGCCUCCAGCAGUGAAUACCAGGUGGUGUCAGACAGAGAGACGCCGAGGAAGGACGACAGUUUAGUGUCUAAAGCGAUGGAGUACAUGUUCGGCUGGUGAAGCCCUGCUGCUGCUGUGAAACGUGAAUUCACCAGGUUUUUCCCGAGCACUUUAAAGAUGGAGCCCGCCGGAGGAGCGGACCGGGCACUACACUUUACAAUAGACUCUUUCACACGGACUGAUCACAUGACCUGCCCUCAGAACAGCCACAGUACCAAAACCCUGCAGGACGAUAAUGCCAAAACCUGGAAGCUUGAGUGGGAGUGGGGCUGAUUGUGUGUUUGUUUGAUUAUUUGGUCCUUUCUGAUCAGGUAAAUUGCGUCUGAUUGGUCCAAACUUACUGGUGACCAAUCCGUGAAUGGAAAUCUCUGCCUUCCCAACGUCGCAGUCUGAGAGGAAUACUGCAGCUUUUAAUCUAACCUCAGUAGAGUACAGUCAGUUUACACACACACACACACACACACACACACACACACACACCAUCAUUUCUACACAUUUCUCUAAAUGUAUUAGAAAAUUCACUAUUCUAUGACUGGAAACUAAUAAUGACGAAUAAUAGAAGACAAUGGGUGAUGCCAAGUUCCUGAAUACAGGUGAAUACAAAAUGAAAGUCGUACCAAAUGCGUUUUUUCCAACUUUACAGUUUUGCUGAAGAAUAUUAGAGAUGGUUUGUCCUGAAAAGCUUAAAAUAGAACAUAAUGAAAAGUUUGGUCAAACUCGAUUGCAUUUUUUUUUCUUUUUCUAUUAGUAAUUUUGCCACUUUUCUCACCACUGCAUAAAUUAAAUAGCCUAAAAUGUAUUUUUGUCUUGCUUUUCGAACAGAAAGCAAUUACAAAACUACAAUUUAAAAAAUAUAUAUAUUUAUUAAACACUGAACAUUGGACUUUUAACAUCCCUCCUGGCUGUAAAUUGAUAAGUCAAUAAAAUGCCAUUAUUUGGUACAAUUUUUUUCAGUCUUUUGUCAUUUGGCUGAAUGGUGAAAGUUUUUUUUUUUUUGUGGAACAAAUAAUUUUGGUUGCCUAAUAUUUAGAACAUACCUAGAAAAUAUAGAAAAAAAAAACCCUUUUUUUUUUUUAAACUUUGCCCACACCACAAGGCAGCUGACGAAUCACUACUAACUCUUCCUUCUGACGAUAUAGUUUCAUAAAAAAAAAAAAACCUUACACAUUUACAGCUUAAUUUACAAGAAAAAAAACAAUGUGAAUGUGAUUAUGUAUGUUACCACUUCGUAUCAAUUCUUUAUCAGCCCAUUGACUUCUAUUAUAAGUUUCAUUACCACUAGAUUUCCAUUCAUGUCUAAUUCUGAGAAAUGUUCUGAUUUUAUAUUAAGUGAUAUCUGACUGUACGCUACAGAUCCAGCAGAUAAAAGUUAGGUUUAAAAUCUGGAGUAUUCCUUUAAACUCAGACGGCUGUCGGUGCUCAAAGUCUAAUCUGUCUCUCUAUCAGAAAUAUAUUGGAUCAUUCUGGGAUGAACUCGGCUGUUUGAUACCGAUGGUUUUAAUACGAUAAAAAGCCAACUUUUUUAAAACGUGUGUCUGCUUAAAGAUGCGUUUGCUUUCUGAAACACUUUAUUUUAAAGUAAUGAUUGUUUGGUGAAAUUGGUCGAGCUCCACUGACCUCCUUUGUUUGUUUGUAUCUACUCUACUCCUUUUGUAUCUGCUGUCCAAUCGUCUGUAUUUCUUCUUAUCAAGUUGUGUAAAUAAAUAUUUCUUUCUCUAA